GCCCUUCUCUUGCCCUGGAGCCACAACCCUCUUUACAGCUCCUAGGAUCUGAUUCGCUUUGACCUCCCACUGGGUAGCGCGAUCUUGGGUUGGUUGUAAAGUCCCUGUAGGCUGUCUCACACGCGUCCGGGAUCUCGGAUGGGGGUGACUGCGCCGCCCUUGCUGCUCCUGCUGCUGGCGGCCGCCUUGGCCCGGACCCAGACCCGCGCGGGCUCACACUCGCUGCGGUAUUUCAAAACCGCCGUGUCCCGGCCCGGCCUCGGGGAGCCCCGGUUCAUGGAAGUCGGCUACGUGGACGACACGGAGUUCGUGCGCUUCGACAGUGACGCGGAGAAUCCGAGAUACGAGCCGCGGGCCCGGUGGAUGGAGCAGCAGGGGCCGGAGUAUUGGGAGCGGGAGACGCAGGGAGCCAAGGAAAAGGAGCAGACUUUCCGAGUGAACCUGAGGACACUGCUUGGCUACUACAACCAGAGCGAGGGCGACUCUCACACACUCCAGUUGAUGUUUGGCUGUGACGUGGGGUCGGACGGGAGGCUCCUCCGCGGGUAUGAUCAGUUCGCCUACGACGGCCGCGAUUACAUCGCCCUGAACGAAGACCUGAAAACGUGGGCGGCGGCGGACGUGGUGGCGCAGAUGACCCGAAACAAGUGGGAGCGGGCUCGUUAUGCAGAGAAACGCAGGGCCAAUCUGGAAGGAGAGUGUGUGGAGUCGCUCCGCAGAUUCCUGGAACUCGGGAAGGAGACGCUGCUGCGCUCAGAUCCCCCAAAGGCACAUGUGACCCUUCACCCCAGACCUGAAGGUGAUGUCACCCUGAGGUGCUGGGCCCUGGGCUUCUACCCUGCUGACAUCACCCUGACCUGGCAGAUGAAUGGGGAGGACCUGACCCAGGACAUGGAGCUUGUGGAGACCAGGCCUGCAGGGGAUGGAACCUUCCAGAAGUGGGCAGCUGUGGUGGUGCCUCUUGGGAAGGAGCAGAAUUACACAUGCCUUGUGGAGCAUGAGGGGCUGCCUGAGCCUCUCACCUUGAGAUGGGAGCCUCCUUCAUCCACCAACUCCAACAUGGAAUUCAAUGUCAUUUAUGUUGUCCUUGGAGCCAUCUCUGCUGUGGCCAUCAGUGGAGCUGUGAUCAUUGGAGCUGUGUUGGCUGUUGUGAGGAAGAGAAACACAGGUGGGGAAGGAGGAGACUACACCCCUGCUCCAGGUCUCCGUUGACGUUCCCGUGGGCUAGGACGCUUGGUGCCCAACGUCUGGUGCCUGGAUAGUAGAGGGGGCUCCGUGAGGAAGAAGACUCAGGUGGCCAGCACUGUAUGUAGAAAUACCAUCGCAUGCCAUGGGAGCCUGCUGCAGCCGAAAUGAAGGUGAGUGAUAGAGUCUGAUUAUGGGACAAGCAUUAAGCCAACACGAGGUCUAUGGGAGACAGUUAAAAGGGACAUUAAACCUGUGAGGAGAAAGGUAAAAACCAAUGAUUUAUUUAAAUAUUUUGAUUUUGUUAAGGAUCUUUGCUCUUGGUUUCCUUAAGAGGGAACUAUCGAUAUUAUAAGUUGGAAUAGAGUAGGAGAUGCUCUUAAAGAUUUCUAUAACACUCUGGGGCCUGAAAAGGUUCCUGUGACUGCUUUCUCUUAUUGGAAUCUAAUUAAAGAAUUAAUAGAUAAAAAGGAGGCUUGCCCGACAGUAAUAGCUGUGAUAUCACAAACUGAGGAGAUUCUGAAAGAUUCCUUCAAGACCAAUAAGGUCAAAACACAGGGAGAAGAGCAAAUCUACCUAAUUUCCCUAGAAAGUGAGGAUGAGGGUGCACAAGGGGGACACGGGGUGCCUGAGGACAGAAAAAAGGUUCACAAAAAAGAUGAUGAAAGAGAAAAAUCUGAUAUUAGACUCAAGCCAGAUGUGAGACCUAAAAAAUGUCCUCCUCUUAAAGAUCUCUCUGACCUUGACAAUGAAAAUGACCCAAAAUCAGCAAAAGUGAAUUGGGAAUCCUUAGAAGAUGAGGAAGCCAAAUACCACAACCCCAAUUGGCUUCUGCCAUUAUCUCUGCCACCUCCUUAUAAUCGGGCCUCUGCGCCUACUGUAAUGGCGGUUGUUGACCCCAAGCAAGAGUUGAAAUCAAAAAUCACUUAUCUUGAGCAACAAAUAAAGCUAGAGGAACUUUAUCAGUCUGUGAUUAACAAGCUACAAAAAUUAAAAACGGGAUGAGCCUGUGACAGAUACAAGCUUAAAAGCAGAAACAACUCGCCCUCCACAGCAGCCUGGACCAUCCAUACCAAAAGGCAAGAUGCGUGUGAAUCCUAACCAUGAAAAUGAAAGCACAGAUGUCUUAGAAGCCUUCCCGGUUACAGAAAGUGUAGAUGCUCAGGGACAGCCUUGGAGACAUCACCAGGGAUUUGACUUGAGAAUUAUCAAAGAAUUAAAAGCUGCUGUGGCCCAAUAUGGUGCUUCUGCUCCUUACACUCUGGCCAUUUUAGAAUCAGUGGCCGAAAACUGGCUCACUCCUGGGACUGGAAUACACUAGUCCAUGCCAUACUGACAGGAGGCGACCAUCUUCUCUGGAAGUCAGAAUGUUUUGAACAUUGUAAAGAGACUGUCAAGAAGAAUGCUCAGGCAGGUGAUGGAUGGACCUUUGACGAGCUGACUGGAUCAGGCAAUUAUGAUAUUAAUGAUUCUCAGAUGCAAUGUGGUCCUGGGCUGUCGCUCAAGUUCAAGCGGCAGACACUGGGGCCUGGAGAAAACUCCCUGUUAAAGGGAAUCCAGGAGCUUCACUUACUGGGGCGAAACAGGGACCAGAUGAGCCUUUUGCAGACUUUGUACACAGGCUCAGGACUCCUGCAGGUCGUGUGUUUGGAUGUACAGAGGCAGGUGUUGAUCCUGUGAAACAAUUGGCCUAUGGAAACGCCAAUCCAGCCUGCCAGGCGGCUAUCAGAUGCUAUAGAAAGAAGACUGAUUUGACAGGUUACAUCCGCCUCUGUUCAGACAUCGGACCCUCAUAUCAACAGGGUCUUGCUAUGGCUGCAGCCUUUGGUGGACAGACUGUUAAAGAAUUCAUCACCAACAGAGACGAAAAUAAACGGGGGUGUUUUAAAUGUGGUAAGGCAGGACAUUAUGCUAAGGAUUGUUCCGGAGGUCCAAUUAGGAAACAAUCUGAUCUCCCUGCUCCUGGCCUCUGUCCAAUAUGCAAAUGGGGAAAACAUUGGGCAAAUUUCUGCAGAUCAAAGAGGGAGGCUGAAGGGAACACAAUACAUCAUCAGGGAAACAGAGGGAGGGGCCAGCCCUGGGCCCCGAAACAAGUCUGUGGGGCAGUCAGCUUUGUUCCAGCCAACUUCAAAAAUCCAUUUCAAAACUUAGUAAAUCAACCCCAGGAGUGCGGGACUGGACCUCUGUUCCCCCUCCCACACAGUAUUGACCCCUGAGAUGGUGGCUCAGGCUCUCAAUACUGGAAUCUAUGGUCCGCUGCCAUCUCAAACGUUUGUAUUGAUUAUAGGAAGAAGCAGCGUGACCAUGAAAGGGCUGCAGAUUUAUCCCGGAGCCAUAGACAAUGAUUAUACAGGGGAAAUAAAAGUCACGGCCAAAGCAGUAGACAGUAUUAUAACCGUUCCCCAGGGUGAGAGGAUAGCUCAGUUAAUAUUGCUUCCCCUAAUGAAAACUGACAAUAAAAUACAACAUCCCAAAAGAGGAGAUGGGGGUUUUGGAUCAUCAAAUAUUUACUGGGUACAGGAGAUGACUGCUCAGAAACCUUCCCUCAGACUCUGGCUAGAUGGAAAGUUAUUUACAGGAUUAAUUGAUAUGGGAGCCGAUGUGACUGUUAUUAAACAAGGAGAUUGGCCCUCCCAUUGGCCUACUGUAGAGACAUUAACUAACUUGAGAGGGAUUGAUCAGAGUAUGAACCUGAGAAAAGUUCAAAAUACCUUACUUGGAGAGAUAAGGAAAAUAAUUCAGGCCUCAUUAAUCCUUUUGUAAUUCCUCAUUUGCCUGUGAAUUCAUGGGGGAGGGUCUUCCUUUCCUAAUGAGGAGAUUGCUGCUCAGAUGUUGGCCCAGGGACACAGCACCAGUAAAGAAUUGGGAGAGCGAGAAAACGGCCCUACAACCUAUCUCAGCCACAGGCCAGAAGGAUGAAAAUGGAUUGGGAAAUUUUUUAUUUCGGCCAUUGACCUGCCUGCACCCCAAGAGUAUGCUGAUCCAAUUAUCUGGAAGUCUGAUGAGCCCAUGUGGGUCGAUCAAUGGUCUUUAACAGCUGAAAAACUACAAUUAGCACAAUUAUCAGUGCAGGAACAAUUGGAAGCAGGACAUAUUCAAGAGAGUAACUCUCCAUGGAAUACUCCUAUCUUUGUUAUUAAGAAAAAGUCUGGCAAAUGGAGGCUGUUACAAGAUUCAAGAGCUGUGAAUGCUACCAUGGUACUCAUGGGUGCCCUCCAACCUGGACUGCCUUCUCCUGUAGUACCUCUAGGUUAUUUUAAGGUAAUAAUUGAUUUGAAAGAUUGCUUUUUUACAAUUCCUUUAUAUCCUGAUGUGAUAUCAGAAAAGGUUUGCCUUUAGUCUACCAUUUAUAGAUUUUAAAGAACCUACAAGGCGCUAGCAAUGGAGAGUCUUGCCUCAAGGAAUGGCCAAUAGUCCCACCCUAUGCCAAAAAAUACCUUGCUAAGGCCAUACAAACAAUCAGAGGUUCUUGGAUAAGCAUGCAUAUUGUCCAUUACAUGGAUGAUAUAUUAAUAGCAGAACACGAAGGUGGACAGGGUUUACAAUGCCUUACCCAGCUGACAAAAGGCCUGCAGCUUCAUGGUUUCCAAUAGCUCCAGGAAAGGUUCAGUUACAGGAGCCUACACUUACUUGGGAUUCCAAACGAACAGACCAAAGAUAAUUCAUCAAAAGGCUCCCAUUCUCAGGGAUCAAUCAUACACUCUUAAUGACUUCCAAAAUUGUUGGGUGAUAUUAAUUGGCUUCGACCUUAUUUGAAACUUAACUACUGGAGAAUUAAAACCCUUGUUUGAUGUAUUCAAAGGAGAUCCUGACCCUAAAUCCUGAAGAUCAAUUUCUCAGUCAGCACCUUUGGCACUGCAAAAGGUCGAGGACGCCAUUGCCAAACAAUUUGUCACUCAUACAAAUCAUCAUCAACCUUUGGUGCUCAUCACAUUUAAGCUGACCGUGACACCAGCCGGCCUUAUUUGGCAGAGUAACCCUAUGGUGUGGAUCCAUUUACCUUCUUCCCGGAAGGAGAUUUUAUUACCUUACUGUGAUUCUGUAUCAGAGGUCAUUAUUUUAGGAAGAGAGAAUGCUAGAAAACACUUUGGAAUUGAGCCAAGAAGUUAUUCAGCCUCACCCCCGACCUCAGGUGGACCAGCUUUCACAGGACACAGACACAGGGCCUGCUGCCUGGGCCUCAGGCAGGAGAUUUAGACGACCAUCGUCCACCUGACAGGCGAAUUCAAUUUUGUAAGCCACAUGCUCUUAUAUGUCCCCAAAUUAUUAGUAAAGAUCCUUUAGGUGAGACUUGACUGGUGUUUACUGAUGGAUCCUCUAACGGCAUUGCAGCCUGUACUUUAAAGAUGAAAAUAGUUAAAUUCCAGACUCAAAACUCCUCCGCCUGAGUGGUUGAACUACAGGCCAGUGCUGCAGUCCUUUCUGCCUCUCCUGAGGAAUCCUUGAAUGUUUAUAUGGACAGCACUUACCUAGCCCAUCCCACACUCUGUUAGAACCUGUGGGACACAUUCAAUGUCUUGGAAACAGCCACUUUGUUUUUAAGUUGUCAAAAAACUUAUCCAAAAAUGGACCAAGAAGUGUUACUUGGGACACCUUAGGGCCCAUUCUGGUCUGCCAGGACCUUUGACCCGAGGCAAGGAAGUGGCAGAUGGGGCCGCUAAGUUCAUAGCCACCGCCUCCCCUGGCCUACCUGAAAGUCUUCACCGGGCACAGACAGCUCAUUCUUUCCAUCAUUUAAAUGCUCACACAUUAAGAUUGACGUUUGAUAUUACAGAGAACGAGCCAGACAGGGAGUCAAACAAUGUCCUUCCUGUGAGACUCACCUCCCAACUCCACACUUGGGAGUCAAUCCCAAAGGCUUGGUACCAAAUACAAUCUGGCAAAUGGAUGCCACACACUGCUCAGAAUUUGGUAAUUUACAAUAUAUUCAUGUUUGUACAGAUACCUAUAGUGGGUUCAUUGUUGCUACCCUACGAACUGGGGAAGCCAGCAACCAGGUCAGUGCCCACUACUACAUUGCUUUUCUGUCUUGGGGCUUCCCUAACAAAUUAAAACUGAUAAUGGUCCAGGUUAUAUCUCAAAGGCUUUUCAAGAAUUUUGUACACAGUUACACAUCGCACAUCUUACAGGGAUUCCCUGUAAUCCUCAAGGACAAGGCAUGGUAGAAAGAGCACAUUUGUCUUUAAAAACCACUACUGAAAAAAUUUAAAAAGGGAGAAUGGUACCCUAUGAAGGGUACCCCCAGAAAUAUAGUGAACCAUGCCCUUAUUUUAAUUUUUUUAAAAUUGGAUGGUGAUAAAAAGUCAGCUGCAGAUUGCUUUUGGCACCCUAAUUCACAAAAACAGUUUGCCUCGGUCAAAUGGAAAGAUCCUUUAGAUGAAAAUGGCGUGGACCCGAGCCAGUGCUUACCUGGGGGAGAAGGUCAGUCUGUAUUUCUUCUCAAGAAAAUGAAGCAGCCAGAUGGCCGCCAGAGCGAUUGGUAAAACAAAUCGAUAAUGAUAAUAAAUCCAGGGAAUAACCUCUUCCCUGAGAAUACGUGUUCUUUUUCUUUUCAGGAAAACGAUUGAAUUCGGCUUGCUGGUGAUGUUCCUUUGGGUGGUCCUUUGAGCCAAUGAAAAUCACUUGUGAGGCUUCAGCACCAGGUGAAAGGGAGGUAACUUCCCCGUUUGCCUGGCGUUUUUUUCCUGACAGGAAAUUAUACUAACCAUGCUAAACCUCAGAGAUAUGAUUGUCUCAGAGCCGUGGCUGAUGGCCCACCUGUGGGAUGCCAAUCUGCUAAAAUGUUACAUUUUACAGAUUUUAAGACACGGCCUGUGGGUUCGGUCCCCAGCUCCGAAAAAAAGAUAAAAGAAAAAAAAAAAAGAAAAAAAAAAAAAAAAAGACACGGCCUGGAAAAGUUGCUCCUGUCUUGUGCUUUUUUGUCUGAUCAGCAACGUUCCUACUGCAUAGACAGAUGGAUUGAGGAGAACAUGGGCUGUCCCUAUCAUUCAUGCAGAAUCCAUGAUGUUAGGACCUUAAGAAAUGAUGAGAUUAUUAUCCAAGGUCCUUAUCAGGGCCACAGUUUUUAUCGCACACCCGCAGGCUGUACAUGAGUUGUUUGAGAUCCACUCGAUCCUCACUGGAGUACACCAGUCAAGGGAGCCAUGUAUAUGACAAGAGACACAACCUGGCCUAGCAGCUCUGUCUGUAUUUGGCCUUCUCUUGUCCAAGUACAAACCACCAUUCUUGCAGAAAUCCAACAACAAGAAAAAGAGUUAAAUGCACCACUCACCUCUCUGUCUUCAUGAUAUCCUUUCUCCUUCCUGGCUCUCUUCUCUGAGAAGGCCUCGUGAUUGCCAACAUUGCAGAUCUUGGCCAUGUAUGCAGGUGAAGGCAGACACAAGAUCAAAUGAGGCCUCUCAUUGGGGAAGAAGACAGGGAGCAGAAAGGGAGAAGCAACAUGGAGGCAGACGUAAAUGAUCCUAGCCACGUAUCUUUAUGUAGACACAGGUUGUUAUGAAUAUUUCUUCAGGGAUGGAUUUCUGUAGACAGGUUUAUCUUAUCUACGUGGGUGGUUAAUACCCUUAUCAAUCGGAUGUAAGUUAAUUGUGUGGAUGCAUUGUACAUAGAGUGUACAGCCCAGCCCUGUCUGGGCUCAAAGUUUGUGGCCUCCCGUGAGCCGCACCUGGUGUCUGCCUGAUGUAAUGUGGCAGCGUGAGGACAGCCAUAGUUGCCCUGGUGGCCCAAGAAGGCUACAAAACAAAGUGCACUGGUUCCUGGCAGGCGCUCGGACAGGUGUGCGGACUUGGGAGCCUUGGCCUCGCCACCAAAGCACUAGCCGCCGACCUGAAUGCAGGAAGUGUCCAUUCACAGUCUACUCGCAUGCCGACCUCCUCCCAACAUCUCGAGCUGCUGAGUGACUGUGGGCCUCCGUGGCUAGGCUACACCCAGGGAACGGGAAAUAGCCAGAGGCCUCAGGGUAACCGUGCAGAGCUGCUGGCCACAGGUGAAGACUUUUCAGAUGCUAAGGUCUCAGAGAGCACUUGUCUGGAAUCAGGGUCUGACAUGGCUUUGUGCACAGUUGAAACUAAUCCUUGCAAAAGAAAAAAGAAAGUCAGUGAAGGCUUCCCCCGACACUUGCAUAAUUUUUCUAAGUGAUGUGGACUUCCGUCCUGGCUCCUCCACUCCGUUCCCAGCCCUUAAAGCUGCUCAGCAGCACUGUUCUGAGAUUGGAUCCUCAAGUUGCCCUGUUCCUGUACAGCAGCGCAGAGCCCCUAUCAAGUGGACCUGAGCUGUGUUAAUUCCCCUCCUCCUCUGUGCUCUUCCACAUUCCUGGAGGCUUCACUCCAUCAUGGCAACCAUUACCAUUGAGGUCCAGCCUCUGCUACAGCUGUUACCAAUCCUCCUCAGCCUUGGGGAAUAGUUCAAUUCUAAGUAGUCUAAAUAUUUAGAGUUUGUUUCACAUAGGACAAGGGCAUGCCAUAGGACAUCAAUGCGUCUUUGAAAUGCCUUAGGUCCAUCAUGUGUACAGCACCCCAUCCUGUAUUGUCAUAACCGUGUGGGUGGAUUAUCUCCAUUAGCCAGCAUAUGCUGUGGUGGAACUACUUGGAAUGCUGUUGGGAUUCUGUGACCCAGGACAGCCUGUCCUCAAAAGGUGCUGUGGGUUUAUACCUGUCCAUGAAACAUGGCAGUCUCCUCUGACCAUCCUCCUGCUUUCCACUUUGACCUGACCGCCCUCUGACCCAGGUUCUUCCUCUCUUUCUACCUGGGGGAAGCUCCCUCUCUCUGCUCCAGUCACUGGGAAUGAGCCUAUUGGUUCUCCCUUUUCUUGUGUUUGACAUUUUGCAAUCUUCUACCUCUGUUAGUUUCUCCAGUUGCACAGCCAACUCUGCUACUUCUCAGAAGAGAGAGAGGAACCCUCCUGUUUUCCUUUUUCCCUCCAUGUUUUGAAUCCCAAGGUUCUCCAUUUCUUCCCAUAUUUAUUCCAGUUCCUCAGUCAAAUCUUUCCUCCGCUUUAUAAAUAAUAGUCCCAAAUGAUGGAGAGUGGAAAAGAAAACUGACGUGGAAAUACAUGUGGGGCAUGGCCCAAGAAAAGCCUUAGAAAACACAAAUGUUGAUUUUUGAAACAAAGUAUCCAUUCCUUUUUUCCUGCCUGUUUCCAACCCAGCCUCUUUAAACAUUUCUCCCAACCCUUCCUCCCACAAUUCUCCUACAGUCUAGUCAAACAGUCCCUUCUCCCAGUUUUCCCAAUACCGGUGGCUCCAAACUACACCAUGUAGUUCCUAAGCAGUGCUCGGCAAAAUCGGUCAAACCAGCGCCAGGCCCCACCUUCUUGUCUCAGCUUUAAGAUGCCCUCACAGGAACUGUCAAAAUUUGUGUCUCUUGUGGAAAUGGCUACACCAAGGCCUCUCAUCAGCCUGAAGACAUCCCAGUAGCUGUCCAGGGUGGCUCAUUUGCUUUUUUCUGAAGCAGGAGCUCCCCACAGGAGCUGUCCAUGUUGGGGGCAACUCCUCUCCUGCCUCUCCCAGCAGCUCCACAGAGAGGGCACCACAGCAAAGCUGCCUGCAGCCAGGAAGGACUUCUUAUCUGAACCCAUCGGGCCAGUUCAGAGAAAGGUAGUGCAUCUGAAAAAAAAAAAAAAAAAAGAAAGAAAGAAAGAAAGAAAAGGAAAAAAGACCUAUCAAUCCCUGAGCAAACAAAAGACAAAACAAAACAAAAAAAAAAAAAGAAAGCAAAAGGAAAAACAACAACAAAGAAAAAGAAUCCCCCCCCCAACCACCAGCCCCUGAACUUCCCAGAAAACCCACCAAUACUUAAACAAGAAACCUAUCAAUCCUUGGAUAAGCAACAAUCUUUCAACUUCUUAUAAACAAAAUAGCACAAAAUGAGAAAAAGGAGAAAAAAUAUGGCUGCUAAAAACUGUACAGGGCAGGACCCAAGAACAGCCUCAGUAAGCACCCUGUUGGCUUUUUGAAACAAAGUAUCCACUCCUCCUUUUCCUGCCUUUUGUUCUAAGGAACUUGAAAUAACCCCCCCCCCCAUUCUGCAUCGCCCCACAUUUGGCACCACUUGUAAAAUGUGCAUUUUAUUUUCAAACAAUGUUCAAUUCUGUACACUCUAAGCUGUUAGCUGCAAAUUCCAUCAAAGGUGCAGCAAAUCGCUUCUUUCUGCCCCAGCCUGCAGUGAUAUGCCCCGACAGGAGCUGUCAAAACUUGCUGUUUCAUUCCUAAUAUUAGGCAGAGGCCCUGUCUACAGGAGCUGUCGAUGGUUGGGCAUCGCCUGUCCUGCCUCAGCCUACUGUUGUCAGGAGAGGCUAUUCACAAUGGUGACUCCUUUCCUGCCUCAGCCUACAGUCUUGGUAAACUCCCACCCCAGGAGCUGUCUCACGAGAGUUGUCCAUAGUGCCAGCACCUCCUCUCCUGCCUUGCCCAGCAGCUCCACAGAGAUGGCACUGUAAACUUAUAUUUUUCUCAUCUUACUUUAAUGUGGUCUCUUAAAUGCUUUAACCUCCCUUCAAGCCCACAACCCACUAAAGGUAGUGGGAAAAAAUGGGUAUUAGGAUCCAGAGAAAAUGGACCUGUUUAGGAAUUGAUCUUUGGGUUCUACAGGCAAGGGGUGGAAAUGCUGCAGCUGUCCAUGUCUGGUGGGGCCUGCACAACAUGCACAGCCAUCAGCAAGACAGGCCCUCGUCUCUUCUUCCUCAGUCUUGCAAGGAUAAGGCACAGCUCAUGAGGCUGCAGGUGCGUGCUUGGCUGCAGAUGACAUUGUAACAGGACUAGAGACAGGAGGCAGUUGGGCAAAUUCUUCAUGUAACUUCCUUGUGCCCGUAGGACCUGUCCAGUCCUGAUUAUGUUUAUACCACUUCUAUUCGCUAACAGCUCAGGGCUGUGUGUGUCCUAUUUUAUGACUUUGUGGGUCAGAUAACAUCCAGCCCAUUAUAGGUAGCCCAGGUCACAUGGUAACUUGGUGGCCCAUUGUCAAAUGUUCAGGUUGCACCAAGGCCAGGAGCUGUCUCUCACAGGGGGAAGAGUUGUCUGCAGAUGAUGGUGGAGCCUUGCUCCAAAAUCCCAAAGUUCUCUUCUGUGAUUCCCUCACAGAGGCCUGCCAAAUCCUCAAAACAACAUCCUUCUCUGUCACUUAUGCCUCAAGUACCAUCAGGUCUGCUGGAUCAUAUGGUCCAAGAUGUUGGAGCAGCCUGAACCACAGCCGGGACCUGUUGAAGAGUCUUCACCUGUCCCAGGACCCACAGGAAGUUAGCAGCUCUCUGAUUCAGAAGGCUUAUGGGCCAGAGUAACAGAUCCAAGUGAGGGAUGUGCUGUUUGCAGAAUCCAAAGACACAAUUAAGCCCUGUGCUCCUUUCUUGGUGGUAGGAGGGGCCAGGUCAGGAACCUUUCCUUCAUCUUGGAUGGAAUGUCUGUGCCUGCCCCAUCCACUGGAUUCCUGAAUUCCCCUGAAUUAAAAGGAUUUGAAUAUUU